UAAAAACAAUCCAUCCAGUUUGUCAAUGAAGAUUGGCUAGUGAUAUCUGAAUGUAUGGUACAUGUAAGACCUCCUCCCACCAGUGGUGGCCCUUUGCCCCCGUUUGUCGUAUUUGUUCUCAAACCCUGACAUUGAGGUAAAUGAGAAGCAAAUUAGCUGCAAUGUGUAGAAUAAAUUAAAGAACCAAACCAAGUGGAUCUAUAAUUUAUGUUCUAAAUUAGGAUGUUAUCGGUAAGAAAUAAAGUAUCUUGAAUUUUUAUAUGUUCAGACCUUAUUGGAGCAUAUAUGUGUAUUGAAAUGUAAUAUAAACUUCCUGUGAUACUAAAAAGCUAGCAAUGUGUAAGAGACCUGCCAACUUUCCAAAUUUUUAUUCAGAUUUCAAGGACUGUGGUGUUUAACAAAAAUGAUUGAACAGCAGCUUCAGAGUGCCAAUUACAUUUUGUUUCUCCUUUUUCGAGACAAAUUUAAAUCACCUGCCCACAAAAGAUUAUACAUUUUCCAGAAUUCUUGAACGUGCUGGGUGCAGGGAGGUUUAAAACUGUAUGACGCUUUAUUGUUGAAUAUUUCAACUUGUACAUUUUUACUUACAAGAUAAGAAAAAACGUCUUUCGAAAAAGGCAUGGAUUGUCCUACAUGGUAUACCGUAGUUGUCUGGUAUCAUAGCAACCCACAUUACCCAGAAAGUAAUCAAACAACCGAAUAAAUUCGGCUGCUGUUUUUGCUGUGUCUGCUUCUCCAAUUAUUUAGCUACAAAUCGUAGUUCGUGCGGAAUUAUUCACAGACUUUGUGUUAAACGUGUAUUUUCUGUUUGAAAGCAGCAGAGGUUGUAAGUUCGUGGAGGAAAAUGGAAGAGAUUUCACAACGUCUUUAUGUUGAAAGAACCCUGGCAAUCAUCAAACCUGAUGUAGUUCAUAAAUCCGAGGAGAUCGAGAAAAUCAUCCUGAAGGCAGGUUUUUUGAUCCUUCAGAAGCGCAGGCUGCUGCUGAGUCCUGAGCAAUGCAGUGAGUUUUACGCACACCAGUACGGAAAGCUCUUCUUUCCCAGCCUGACGGCCUUCAUGAGCUCCGGCCCCAUUGUUGUCAUGACGCUGGCUCGGCAUAACGCCAUCACUCACUGGAGGUCCAUGAUAGGCCCUGACAGCAUCUUCGUAGCCAAAAAAUCACAUCCAGAGAGCCUUCGAGCAAAAUACGGAACUUCUGACCUAAAGAACGCUCUUCAUGGCAGCGACACGUUCUUAACAGCAGUGAGGGAGAUUAGAUUUAUGUUUCCCAACACUGUAAUUGAACCCUUUCAUUCUAAAGAACAAACUGAAGAGUACUUGAGCACAAAUGUAAUCCCCGUUCUCAUACAUGGACUUACUGAGCUCUGUAAGGAAAAGCCUCUCCACCCCUGCAUUUGGCUUGCUGACUGGCUACUGAAUAAUGAUCCAAGCCUACCUCAAAUAAAUGAUGGAGACAUUCUGGAAGAUAAAAAGUGACAGCCAGGGAGCAUGAUUGCUAUUUUUCCCUUUGUUUGUUUUUGGCAAAUUCAUGUGUUCAAUAUCAUAUAUGUAAAUAUAAGGAUACUUGGUAGCAGUAGAGAGCUUUGUUGAUUUUCUCUUAAUAGAUCAAAGAAUUCUUCAAGCAUGUUGAUAUUAGUGAUUAAGCAGUGUGUUUAAACUCCAUAUCUAAAACAAUAUUGUAAAAUUAAAUAGAUUAAAACACUGUCACAUAUUUUCAACUGACAUGGUUUUGCAAUAACUCUUUUUAUAAUCCUUUACAGAGCCUUAAAAUUACAAUAAAUUUAGCUGACUAAUCUCACUAAAACUAAAAAAAGAUUUGAAUCAAAACUCUAUUAAUUAAAACUAAUUAAUAUGUUCUGUCAAAAUCAGCACUGAUCCAGUCAUGGCUGUUAGUAUCAGAGAAGGGACAGUCAAUCCAAACAGACUCUUUUUUUCUCUCUUUUUAUUUUGCUGAAAUGUCUUAAGAUGAAUUGAUGUUGUAUAAAUAAACUAUGUUGUAUUAGAAGGAAAACUAACCACCCUGAAACAUGAUGGUUUCACAAUUAUGCCACUUAAUGUUAGUAUGGUCUAGUCAAAUCCCUUAUUUAAAUCUCACUGAAAAUCAGAAGAAAGACUUAAAAAUUGGUUGAUAUAUGCUCUCCAUCCAAUCUGACAGAACUUUGUCUAUUAUGCAAAAAAUGGUCAAAAUCUUCAGUCUCAAUGUUCACUUCACAAUGCUUUGAAAAUGAAUUAUAAUUUUUCUACUGCUCCACAAGUUUGCACUGCUUUGUCUUGGUCUGUCACAUAAAAUCUCAAUAAAAUUAAGUGAAGUUUCUGUCUGUCAUGCCAUGUGAGAAAAUUAAAAAAUUAAAUAAAAUAACGUCCAAGGGGUAUGAAUACUAUAACAAUAAAUUGUAUCCUCUCAUAAUCAAAUCAACUUACAUUAGAAAGUUUUUUUAAAGGAGAAGUGGUAGUCAUUUUCAAUCCAUAUAUGCAUAUCAUCAUCAUCGGCUUUAUUAAAGACACAAAUAUAUCCAUUGAGUAUUUUAAUUACAGUUUAUUUGCCCCGUCUUGAUUUGUUUUCUCUUUACUCUUACAGUGCGGUUGAUAUAAUGUCAACACCUUAUUGGUUUGUGCCUUUUGUCAAAUGAAAUUGAUUAUGUUGAUGUAUUUUGUAAGUUUUCAUGUUAAAAAAAAA